AUGAAUUCAACAGUACAGUUAUGGAGAGAUUACUUUCAUUUUCCGAGCGGUGUUGAUAAGACCAAAGAAUAUAGCGAGCUACGGAAUUACAUCACGGACAAGUAUGGGGUUGUUACCACUUUGUCACUAUUGUUAUUUAUCGUUUCCAUUCCCGCAUAUCAAUAUUUUAUUGUACAUAAUUAUCGACUAAAGUUUCAUUAUCUUCGAUCUUUUUAUUCAAAAUUGAAUCAUUAUAUCUUGCACAAGCAUCAUUUAGAUCACACUCCUUUGACAUGGAAAGAUAGACUUUUUACCAAUACAUCUGUUAUAAUAAAAGCUUUAGCCUUCAAGAUCUUUUUGCAUUUUUCAACAAUUGUUCAAAUUGUGUUUUGGACUUGCUUUUUAGGCACCUUGUCACUAGUUGACAUAUAUAAUGGAGAUUUGAUUUUUUUAGCAAAGCGACUAGGUCGAGUUGCAGCCAACUGUUUACCGACUAUCUUAUUCUUGACAAUUAGACCAUCACCGUUGCCAAACCUAUUGUAUCUUUCAUUGUUACCAAUUCACAAAUGGCUUAGCAGAUUUGUCAUUGUUCAAAGCAUUAUUCAUACUUUGAUUUACCUUGCAUAUUUCAACCGCAAUAAUACCUGGAAAAAAGCAUGGAAACCGGUAAAUAUCUACGGGUGGGUAGCAUUGGUUGGGUUUCUAACAAUCAUUGUUACAUCGCUAUCACCAUUUCGUCGUCGUUGGUAUAAGGUGUUUUACUUUAUGCAUUAUACUUGGACAUGGAUCAUUGUUGGAUGCAUGCAGAUACACGUUAGACCAAAGCCAUUUACUUUGUAUACUAUUACAAACUGCUGCAUACUUUUGGGCCAAAUAUAUUAUAGAACACGUCUCACUCGAGGGUCGUUAAGCGGUGAGGUGAAAGUCAUUGAUGUGUCACCCAACUUGUCACUAGUUGAAUUCCCCAAUCGGUUAAUUGCUGAACGUGCAACUGCACCGGGUGCACAUAUAAGAUUAACAGAUUACAGUUCCAAUGUUAUAAGGAGGGUGUGGAAGCAAGUUAUCCCAAAUUAUCAUCCAUACUCCUUGGUUUCACUACCAAACGAUAGUUACCAGCGGUUGAUUAUAAGGAAAAGUAAUUUCAGGCUAUACGACAAAUAUAGAUAUUUAAUUACAGGAAGCUAUGAUCCGCAUUUGCUUUUCAUCAAAUAUAAAGCAGGGAGAAACACCACUACGAACAACCAAAAGCCGUGGUCACUAUCAAAAUUACACCUAGAUGCAAAAAGAAUCUUGAUUGUUAUAGGCGGCUCUGCUAUAUCAUUUGCGCUACCAAUUCUCAGAGUCAUGAAUUAUCAUGGAAUUCCUACAAAGGUUGUUUGGGUUAUUAAAGAUUUCAGAGAUGUACUUGUUCUCAAGUAUUUCGAUGGUUUUAUUCAUGGCGACGAUUUUGAAAUCUUUGUUACCGGGAGCGAUGCUGUCAGUAACAAGUCGUCGACUUUGUUGAAGGGUAAUGAUCCUAAUACUAAUUACACAUGUAUGUCCAAAUUGAGUAAGAAAUCGAUUGGCUCGCUUUCAGCGCAUUAUGACCUCGAGAAUGAAGAAGAGACGCCAUUGUUGGCCAGUAGUAACGCCCAGAUGACAAGUUUAAAUCAAGAAAAUCAAGUUGAAAAUAUUGAUAUCGAGAUUAAUUCAGAAGACGAAGACGAAGAGUCAGAAUGCGCUCAUGAAUGUGCACCACUCAAUAUUCUUGAUGAUGAUGCUCCAACCGGCGAGCUAGAUGCUUUAGAUUUCAGCAGCAGCAACGACAAUGACGACAAUGACGACAACGAAGAUCAACACAUGUACGAUGAAUACGAAAUAACAAACGACACAAUCAAUCUCUCGGAUACACACGAGGGAAACAUAUCACGUAAACCAUCAACCAAUGAACCCUUUUUCCCCAUGUAUACGCAAGCAUCAUCAGAAAGAGACAAAUCAUGGAUCCAACAAUUUCAAAGACUCACACGAAAUUUGAACAUUGCUAAAAGAAUAUACAAGGGACGACCAAAGAUGAAUAACCGAUACUACAAUUGGUGUAUUAACGAAGGGUUCACGCAAUGUUCAGGCCCAGUAGUGGAUGAACAUCAGAAUCUAGUGUGUUGUCAAGAUUUGCCUCGACAUAGAGUUGUUGAAGAGGAUAUAAAUGCGGAGAAGAUCUGGGUUAUUGCCGCUGGACCAAAACCAUUGGUUGAAAAUGUUAAAUUGUGGUCGAGUGAAAAUGGAUUGAAGUUUCAUGAAGAAGCGUUUUACUCGUAA